AAAAAAAAAAGUUAGAUAAAAUAUAGUGAGUACGGCGGGGCCGAAUUCGUCGGGGUGAAAACACAAAGAAAAAUCUUCAAAUUCUCCAAGAAGACCCAAAUACGAACAAAAAAUUCAACCCCACUUUCCCAAGAAUCGUCAGUAAGUGCUUAAAAGAUUGUGCUCGCGGGUGUUUUGAAUUGGGGGUUUUGGUGGAUUUGCCAGCAGAAAAAGGGUUGGGUUGUUGGCAGGAGAAUCUGCGGAGCUAAUCAUCGUUGCUGGAGGGAAAAAGGGAUUUAUUAUUUCAUUUCUUGCGGCGGCGGCGGGGAAAUUCUCCGGAGGUCGAUCUGGGUUUGCCGGUCAGCUCCGACUCGUUUUGCGUUGAUGAGCUGAAAGAGGGGGUGAGAGAUCGAGUUUUUUGUCCUGCUCAGUUAUGGCAUCACCAGUUAACAUUAUAGUUGGUUCACAUGUGUGGGUUGAGGAUCCAGCUUUGGCAUGGAUUGAUGGGCAAGUCAACCGUAUAGAUGGUCAAAAUGUUCAUGUUCAAACCACCAAUGGAAAAAAGGUUGUCGCAGAUAUCUCAAAAGUGUUUCCAAAGGAUACCGAAGCACCACCUGGGGGUGUUGAUGAUAUGACCAAGCUUUCAUAUUUACAUGAACCUGGAGUUCUGCAAAAUUUGGCUACGAGAUAUGAACUUAAUGAAAUUUAUACAUAUACUGGAAAUAUUCUGAUUGCGGUAAACCCUUUUCAAAAAAUACCACAUCUAUAUGAUUCUCACAUGAUGGAGCAAUACAAAGGGGCAGCACUUGGAGAGCUUAGUCCUCAUGUUUUUGCAAUUGGUGAUGUGGCUUACAGGGCAAUGAUUAAUGAAGGAAAGAGCAACUCCAUAUUGGUCAGUGGAGAAAGUGGUGCUGGUAAAACUGAAACAACAAAAAUGUUGAUGAGAUAUCUUGCAUACUUGGGUGGGCGGUCUGGAGUAGAAGGACGGACUGUUGAACAACAAGUUCUAGAAUCAAAUCCAGUUCUUGAAGCAUUUGGUAAUGCCAAAACUGUCAGGAAUAACAACUCUAGUCGAUUUGGUAAAUUUGUUGAAAUCCAAUUUGACAAGAGUGGGAGGAUAUCUGGAGCAGCUGUUAGAACAUAUUUGCUGGAGAGAUCUCGUGUUUGUCAAAUUUCAAAUCCCGAAAGGAACUACCAUUGCUUUUAUCUUCUAUGUGCAGCACCGCCUGAGGAAAGAGAAAGGUACAAACUUGGUCAGCCAGAUUCAUUUCAUUAUCUCAACCAGUCCAAGUGUUACGAACUUGAUGGAGUAAGUGAUGCUGAGGAAUACCUUGCAACCAGAAGAGCUAUGGAUAUAGUUGGAAUCAGUGAAGAAGAACAGGAGGCAAUAUUUAGGGUGGUUGCAGCAGUUCUGCAUCUUGGUAAUAUUAAUUUUGCCAAGGGCAAGGAGAUUGAUUCUUCUGUGAUUAAGGAUGAGAAGUCUAUGUUUCAUCUAAAUACAACCGCCGAAUUACUGAGUUGUGAUCCCAAGAGCUUGGAAGAUGCAUUGAUCAAGCGUGUGAUGGUGACACCUGAAGAAGUCAUUACAAGGACUCUUGAUCCAGAAGCUGCCUUGGGUAGCAGGGAUGCCUUGGCAAAGACUGUAUAUUCUCGGCUGUUUGAUUGGAUUGUAGAAAAAAUAAAUAUCUCCAUCGGACAGGAUCCUAACUCAAAAGCGAUAAUAGGUGUUCUUGACAUAUACGGGUUUGAAAGCUUUAAGCAGAACAGCUUUGAGCAGUUCUGUAUCAAUUUCACUAAUGAAAAAUUGCAGCAACACUUUAAUCAGCAUGUCUUUAAGAUGGAACAAGAAGACUAUGAAAAAGAAGAGAUAGACUGGAGCUACAUAGAGUUUGUUGAUAACCAAGAUGUUCUUGAUUUAAUUGAGAAGAAACCAGGAGGGAUAAUUGCACUGCUGGAUGAGGCUUGUAUGUUUCCUAAAUCUACCCAUGAGACAUUUGCUCAGAAGUUGUAUCAAACCUUUGCAAAACAUAAGCGUUUUAUAAAGCCCAAGCUCUCGCGCACCAAUUUCACGAUAUCCCACUAUGCGGGGGAGGUAACAUACAUGGCAGAUCUGUUCUUGGAUAAGAACAAAGAUUAUGUGGUGGCUGAGCAUCAAGAUUUGUUAACGGCUUCAAAGUGCUCGUUUGUGGCUGGUUUGUUUCCUCCUCUUCCAGAAGAAUCAUCAAAAAGUUCCAAAUUUUCUUCAAUCGGAACCCGCUUUAAGCAACAAUUACAGUCUCUAAUGGAGACACUAAGUUCAACGGAACCUCACUACAUCAGAUGUGUAAAACCAAACAAUGUUCUUAAGCCUGCAAUCUUUGAGAAUAUCAAUGUAAUCCAGCAGUUGCGAUGUGGUGGUGUCCUCGAAGCUAUCAGAAUCAGCUGUGCUGGAUACCCUACAAGACGUACAUUUGAUGAAUUUCUUCUUCGAUUUGGUGUUCUUGCUCCUGAAGUAUUGGAUGGGAGCUAUGACGACAAAGUUGCAUGUCAAGUGAUUUUGGACAAAAUGGGAUUGAAGGGCUAUCAGUUAGGUAAAACCAAGGUCUUCCUACGAGCUGGUCAAAUGGCUGAGCUAGAUGCUAGGAGAGCAGAGGUUCUUGGAAAUGCAGCCAGGACCAUUCAAAGGCAAAUCCGUACCUACAUUGCUAGGAAGGAUUUUCUGUUAUUGCGCCAAGCUGCUAUCCAAUUGCAAUCAUGCUGGCGAGCUCUGUCUGCUUGCAAACUUUAUGAGCAAUUGCGACGUGAAGCUGCUGCUAUUAUGAUUCAAAAGAACUUCAGAUGCCACACCGCUCGAGAAUCCUAUGUGACCUUGAAGGAUUCGGCUAUUGCGUUGCAAACUGGAAUGCGGGCAAUGAAAGCUCGGGAUGAAUUCAGAUUCAGGAAGCAAACUAAGGCUUCCAUUAAAAUUCAGGCCCGUCAGCGCUGUCACAGAGAUUACACUUACUAUCGCAGUCUUCAAAAGGCUGCUAUUACUACCCAAUGUGCUUGGAGGCAACGUGUUGCUCGGAGAGAACUUCGAAAGCUCAGAAUGGCUGCAAGAGAAACAGGAGCCCUUAAAGAAGCCAAAGACAAGCUGGAAAAGAAGGUGGAGGAGCUCACAUGGCGUUUGCAGUUUGAGAAACGUCUAAGGACUGAGUUGGAGGAAACAAAAACACAAGAAAUUGCAAAGUUACAGGAGGCAUUGCAUUCAAUGCAAACACAAUUGGAAGAUGCAAAUGCUAGAGUGAUAAAAGAACAAGAAGCAGCGCGCAAGGCAAUUGAAGAAGCACCUCCUGUCAUCAAAGAAACCCCGGUUAUGGUUCAAGAUACAGCAAAGAUUGAUGCAUUGACAUCAGAGGUAGAAAGUCUAAAGGCUUUGCUUCUGUCAGAAAAACAAGAUGCAGAAGAGGCUAAAAAGGCUCGCACAGAUGCUGAGGCCCGAAACAAUGAAUUGACCAGAAAACUGGAGGAAGCUGUAGGAAAAGUGGAUCAACUUCAAGAUUCCACAAGAAGGCUUGAAGAGAAGCUGUCGAACCUCGAGUCUGAGAACCAAGUUCUCCGACAACAGGCUCUUACUAUGUCACCUACAGGGAAAUCUAGACCUAGAACAACUAUUAUUCCGAGAACUCCAGAGAAUGGAAAUAUUCACAAUGGAGAAGUGAAGUCUGCACAUGAUAAUGCUCUUGUUGUGGCGAAUCCCAAGGAGCCUGAAUCGGAGGAAAAGCCCCAGAAAUCUCUCAACGAAAAGCAGCAGGAAAACCAAGAUCUCUUGAUAAAGUGCAUUACUCAAGAUCUCGGAUUUUCUGGUGGUAAACCUGUUGCUGCUAGUAUUAUUUACAAAAGCCUUCUACACUGGAGAUCUUUUGAGGUUGAGAGGACAAGUGUUUUCGAUCGCAUAAUUCAAACUAUAGCAUCAGCCAUUGAGGCCCCCGAUAACAAUGAUGUCCUAGCCUAUUGGCUAUGUAAUACUUCCACAUUGUUGACACUGCUCCAACACACACUGAAAGCAAGUGGGGCUGCCAGUUUGACCCCACAACGGCGAAGAUCAUCAUCGGCUUCUCUCUUUGGGAGGAUGUCGCAAGGAUUGAGAGCAUCUCCCCAGAGUGGUGGGCUAGCAUUUCUCAAUGGCCGUAUGCUCGGUAGACUUGAUGAUUUACGACAAGUUGAAGCCAAAUAUCCGGCUUUGUUGUUCAAGCAGCAGCUUACGGCUUUCCUCGAGAAAAUAUAUGGAAUGAUUAGGGACAAUUUGAAGAAAGAGAUUUCCCCUGUACUUGGUUUAUGUAUCCAGGCUCCCAGGACGUCUCGGGCGAGUUUAGUAAAGGGACGGUCCCAAGCUAAUGCUGUUGCACAACAAGCACUGAUUGCUCAUUGGCAGAGCAUUGUUAAAAGUCUAGACAAUUACUUGAAGACGAUGAAAGCAAAUUACGUUCCUCCCUUCCUGGUUCGAAAGGUUUUCACUCAAAUAUUUUCGUUUAUCAAUGUGCAAUUAUUCAACAGUCUUCUUUUACGUCGUGAAUGCUGCUCGUUCAGCAACGGGGAGUACGUAAAAGCUGGGUUGGCUGAAUUAGAGCAAUGGUGCUGUUAUGCAACAGAGGAAUAUGUAGGAUCUGCUUGGGAUGAGCUAAAGCAUAUCCGGCAGGCCGUCGGAUUUUUGGUCAUACAUCAAAAGCCCAAGAAGACGUUGAGUGAAAUUACGAAUGACCUUUGUCCCGUGCUGAGCAUUCAACAACUAUACCGGAUCAGCACAAUGUACUGGGACGAUAAAUAUGGCACUCAUAGCGUCUCUUCUGAGGUCAUUUCAAAUAUGAGAGUUAUGAUGACAGAGGACUCAAACAAUUCCGUAAGCAGUUCCUUCCUAUUAGACGAUGAUUCGAGCAUCCCGUUCUCCGUGGACGACAUCUCCAAAUCGGUGCAGCAAGUAGACGUAUCUGACGUCGAGCCUCCCCCUUUAAUCCGUGAAAGCUCGGGGUUCGUAUUCUUACAUCAACGAUCAGAUUGAUUGACGAUGAUUGGCGCCGCCGGGUAAUUCAGCAAAGCAGAAAGUAUUUGUGCAUACAUACAAUAUAUAUACGCGGGUUUGAUCAUUUGAUGUGGUUUGUGUUGGUUUGUAUAUUUGUGUUUUGAUUAUUCGCAAUUUGGUUGCGGACGGCACUAAUUUAUCGCCGUCUGGGUUCAUUCUUUCUUUUUUAUUUCUCUCAUCCAUCCAUCGAAGGAUCCGACGGAUGGACGGUAGGGCUCGGGCUUGGUUUCGGUGUCCGGGUUUCGGGUUGGUACUAGGUUGUAUUGAUCUUGUUAUUGAGAUUUGGUUGUGGUGAUUUGCAAUAUGGCUUGCAAUGAAUCCAUGUUAUAUUUUUUUGGGUGUAAAGAAGAUGAUGAUGCAAAUGAAUGAUAGCCGUAGAGCUUUUGAUAAUUCUUUGUUUUCUAUGAACACUUAUUUUGAUGAUUCUUUGUUUUUAAUAUGUAAGUUAUAUGUAAAUAAAUUUUAUUUGUUUUUUGUU